AUGAAACCUGAUGUGCCUCCCUCUUACGAAAGCGCGGUUAGUCGUGAGGCCUGGUCUAUCAUUGCGCCUUGGAUCCCCUCUCGCGACCUCUGUUCAGCAUGCCUCGUCUGCCAGAAAUGGUAUUCCAUCUUCAUUCCCUUCCUCUGGGGUGAUCCCGCCUCCCACUUCGGCAUUGCCAAUGACGCCGUCUAUGUCGCCCUCACUCGCUUCAAGAGAAUCCUGCGUAAAGCCCGAUUAACCACUCGGACCCUCACUCACACCCUCCACCUACCCCCUGCCCUGAGUGAAAUCUACGGCGGUCCCCACCCCACAUGGCUGCGCGAAGUCCUGGAGUUUCUCCCCAAUCUGCAGAGUUUGAUCGUCACCAAACUGCCUUUCUUCGACCACCACAGCCUCAUCGCGCUCAGAUCUACCACUAUCAAUAGAAGAUUGUCACAAGGUGAAGAGACGACAUUGCCUCCGUUUGGCCUGAAACUACUACUGGCUUCGAGCGAGCCCAACAGCACGUCGCUCGGCUUGUCUAUCGCCUUGCCACGAUUUCCACACUUGGUCUACCUCGACCUUUCAUAUACCCCACCGGCUCGUGAUGCAGCAGUCCUGGCGACCCUGGCACACCAGCGUGAUCUUCAAGUGUUGAAACUACGUGGUGUCGGUCUCAAAGAUGGGGAGGCCGAAGUCUUGGCUAAUGCGAUUGGCAUUCGAGUGCGGUUGUUGGAUCUACGAGACAAUUUCUUGACAGAUAUGGCCGUAAGAUCUUUGAUGCAGGCUUGUUUCUUGCCUUCCGAAGCCACCACUCAUGGUUCCCUAAACGUCGAAGAUUGGCCGGUUGGAAUGGCACCAGGUCCGGACUUCUUCAGUCUUGAUGCUCUCCGCAGCGAAGAACUCGAUCGUGAGCUUCUAAAGCAGCUGACUAAUCCACUCACGGGACGACUGGCCUUUGAAGACAUCCCUCAUCGAGGUCUGACCCAUUUAUAUGUGUCUGGGAACCGUUUGUCUGUCGAAGGACUGUCAAGUCUCUUGAAAUCCGAACGCUUACAUAUCCUCGACGGAGGGACUGUCGAUACCGUCAAAACUAUUGCCCGUACCAUAUCUCUGAACACCGAAAGCGGCUAUAUUGAUGAGGUUCGCUUUCCCGGUGCUGAGAAACUCAUUCCGGUUCUGGCCAAGUCGGCAAGUAGGAAUUUGACCUAUUUGCGUGUAGAUCAUGCUUUGAUCACGGCCAAACUUGAGGCUGUCCCAGAUGUUCCCAAACCGAAAGGCUCCGUUGUGGAGCUUGCAGGCUCUGAACCACUUUCAGCAGAGCUACCUUCUGAGGAGAGGCAUGUUGUGGAAGCACCAGCCCCAGCACAUUAUGCCGUCGAACUACCACCAGGGGAUCAAAUUUUCGAAAUGGAUGCUACUCCGGCUGCACCACGGGCCGAGCUGAUCGGAGAUGUUAUUUACUUUGCCAUCAGUCCCCCAGUAGGUGACAGGCCUGAGGAGAGUAGUCCUGUUGUUGAAACACAGACUCCCAUCCGAGGAGAAGGGCCAUAUGCUCCAGAAGUGGUUGGCGAUGCAGACCUCGAAAGUGAGCAUGGGGGAGACCAUGCAACGAUAGCAGAUUCUGAAAUUUCCGACGAGACAGGGACAAACAGUACGACAAGAUCUCUAGCUUCGCCUAUAUCUCCCAUGACUCCCCAUCCAGGACAUGGCACUUUUCAACCAUUGAUCGCUCCUCUUAAUAUCAAGUCUAAUUCAACUGUUCCGCAUGCGGCAAAUCCGCUUCCACAAGCAACAACCUCUGCUCCAGCUACGGCUCCAGCGGCAUCUUCAAAUCCCACACAGAUAUUACGGCAGCAACAGAAAAAGGCUCUCCACAUACCUCAGUCGAAUCAGCAUCGCCAUGCUCGGAUAGAAACACUUCUUUCCAAGCGGCCAGCUGGAACUUCUGCCAAGUCUUACCAACCAGGUCAAAAACCGCCGCAAAUUACUGCAAAUAACUUGAGCAUUCUCCACCCCUGCCUUCUCCCAAACCUCCGAACAUUGAUAUUGACCAAUGUUCCGACCAAAGUACCGCAGUCGUCUCCAGUGGUUUCAGCUUUGAAAGCGUUCAUUUCUUCUUGCGCAGACGAGUCCGCAUUGUCACAUCUCCUGGCUCGAACAGAUUAUUCUUUACCACCAGGAAAGGCGCGCCAUUUGGCGGAGAUUGAGCACGCGCGCUCUUUGUUUGCUCUCCGUACUCUUGUUCUAGAGAUGGAAUUGCCUGGAGCGAAGAAAACCGAUCCCACACAGCGCGCUUGGCAGCACUCACGUCACCGCAUAAGCAUGAGCAAGUCUUCCACGGGAGACAUGGACAGUGAGAAUCUCUGGUCUGCGGCUCAAAAUGAUUUCAGUUUCUUUGGAGAAGAUGGUGAGGAAAAGGACGAGUGUGGCAUCUAUCAGCACGAUCCGGAGAAAUAUUUCCCCACCGCUCGGUUUGAUGAUAAAAUCCUCCUAACACCAGAUGAUGCCUCGUUUGACAAUAGUGGGACGUCCAGUCCACAUGGAAGUUUUCAAGGCCAUGGCACUUUGAAUCCUUUCUUGAUGAACUAUGGUGGUGGUAAUUCUACACUGCAAAGUCCAAGGAAUCUACCACUGGGUAGAAACAGAAGGCCUUCGAAUGAAAGUCAACGAAGUGGUUUUGGAAACUCUUUCUCCAAUGGAGACUCUCGAAAUAUCGUGUCGGAGAUGCAAGGCGCGCCACUGUCACCAAAGUACAUGCAAAACCGGAUGGCACCAACCUCCAACCCCAAGCAGAAUUCUGCGGUCGAAGAAGACGAGCCCGAAGUCGACGUCGUUGCAGAAUUGGCAGCUUGGAGAAAAGAACGCAAGCAAGCCUACGAACAAGAGCUCGCUCGCCAUCGUGCCGGCAAAACUAACGGUCACGUCAACGGAGGCGGUUCAGGGCCCUCCUCUGCGGCAGGCCCGCGAGGAUAUGGCUAUGGCUAUGACGCUGGCGCGACUUCAUUCGCAAACGGAGGUGUAGCCGACCCUUCCAAUGGCACGUUGUCUACUUCUCGCCCAGCCACUUCUUCCGGACCCGCUGCACCUGCCGAAAUUAACGACAUCGACAUGCAGUUCAUCGAAGGGCACUGGAAAGGCGAGAUUAAAGUGGUGAGGAACUCAAAUCCGAAAGGCCGCACUGGUGUGGUCGACAUGUAUGGGAAUUACUUCGAGAAGGGAUAUCUGUAUCCUUGA